CGGGAGUCUCAGCAGGAAGGCACGGCCAAAGCAGGAUGAAGCUUUCUACAGGCAUCAUUUUCUGCUUCCUGAUCCUGGGCGUCAGCAGCCAGAGAUGGGGAACAUUCCUCAGGGAAGCUGGUCAAGGGGCUAAAGACAUGUGGAGAGCCUACUCUGACAUGAGAGAAGCCAACUACAAAGAUUCAGACAAGUACUUCCAUGCCCGGGGCAACUAUGACGCUGCCCAAAGGGGCCCUGGGGGCGCCUGGGCUGCCAAAGUGAUCAGCGAUGCCAGAGAGAAUGCUCAGAGAGUCACAGACUUGUUCAAGCAUGGAAGCAGUGGCCACGGACGGGAGGACUCGAGGGCCGACCAGGCUGCCAAUGAAUGGGGCCGGAGCGGCAAGGACCCCAAUCACUUCAGACCCGCCGGCCUGCCCAGCAAGUACUGAGCUGCCUCUCACUCUGCUCCAGCAGACGGGGCUGUGAACCCCCAUGGGCAGCGACACUGAGCGGGUGGUUCUCUGUCCACAGAAGGCAGCACAUCUAAUAAAUGCUUAAGAGA